GUUUUGAGGUUGUGGAUUUUCCCCAGUGCUGUUUUACCGCAUCUCUCAGUCUGCAGUGGACUUGGUUCUGGUCUUAAAGAAGACUAUGCCCUAGAAUGAAGUAAAAACAGGAUUCUACCCAAGCCCAAAUUGGAACCAACUUGGAGCCUCUGUGGCCCACACCCACCACGAUCGUGUUUCUGAGGGCCUCCGGGCAGAGCCAGGGAACCUGUGAAACUCCCAGUGGUUCACCAUUUUAGUAGACUGGAAGCAGGAGACUGUUCUGCCAUGACCACAGCAAGGUACCAGCCCACCUGGGAUCUGGCCCUCGACCCCCUAGUGUCCUGCAAGCUGUGCCUCGGGGAGUAUCCAGUGGAGCAGAUGACCACCAUUGCCCAGUGCCAGUGCAUCUUCUGUACCCUGUGCCUGAAACAGUAUGUGGAGCUCUUGAUCAAAGAAGGCCUAGAAACUGCCAUUAGCUGUCCAGAUGCUGCCUGCCCUAAACAGGGCCACCUGCAGGAGAACGAGAUUGAGUGCAUGGUUGCAGCUGAAAUGAUGCAGAGAUAUAAAAAGCUGCAAUUUGAAAGAGAGGUGCUCUUCGAUCCCUGCAGGACAUGGUGCCCAGCAUCCACCUGCCAGGCUGUGUGCCAAGUCCAGGACAUCGGGCUGCAGACCCCUCAGCUGGUGCAGUGCCAAGCCUGUGACAUGGAAUUCUGCUCUGCCUGCAAAGCCCGCUGGCACCCUGGUCAAGGCUGCCAAGAGACCAUGCCCGUCACCUUCCUUCCAGGGGAUACCAGUUCUGCUUUCAAGAUGGAAGAAGAUGACGCACCCAUCAAACGCUGCCCCAAGUGCAAGGUCUAUAUUGAGCGGGAUGAGGGCUGCGCUCAGAUGAUGUGUAAGAACUGCAAGCACGCCUUCUGCUGGUACUGCCUGGAGUCCCUGGAUGAUGACUUCCUCCUGAUCCAUUAUGACAAGGGGCCCUGCCGCAACAAGCUGGGCCACUCCCGGGCAUCUGUGAUCUGGCAUAGGACGCAGGUCGUGGGCAUUUUUGCUGGAUUUGGGCUCCUGCUCUUGGUGGCCUCCCCUUUCCUGCUCCUGGCCACUCCAUUUGUCCUGUGCUGCAAGUGCAAGUGCGGUAAAGGUGACGAUGACCCAUUGCCUACCUAGAAGAUGGCCAUCGAGAAGGUGGUGUGAUGCUGGACCAGAUGCCUCAGGACGUGUGACUUCCCUGUCCCCCAGGCCCCCUUACUCAAUAUGUUUCUUGCCUUAUGUGCCCCAUUGAGCUUCACAGUGUUAGGCUGGAUGCUCUGAUUUCAGGGAUAAUGUCAGCUUGUUGUGGAGGCCCCAGGAGUGGUCACCUGGGUGUGGGACAGGCAAGGCAGAAGUAGGUGGGAUACAUCCCACAGAUCCUGUAUCUGCAGGCCUGGCCAAUGGUGGUGUAAAUGGUACCCCAGGCUGUAAACUAAGAACGUCUGGUGAGGACUUAAGAGACCCCCUCUCAGACAAAAUGAUGUUCAUCAGUCUCCUCCUUGGCUUCAAGAUGACACCAUGUUGCAGAAAGUCUUCUAAGGAUUAUGUCUCUUUUCAGACAGAACCUGAUUAUCCAACUUGACUGAAGCAAUCCAUUUAUGACAACUGUUUAUUCCUAAAGGCAUUUAGUAAAAUCUUUUUUAGAAGGCAUGGGGUUUUUUUUGUUGUUAUUUUUUAAAAUCUUUUUGGUCAACUGAGUAGUGAAAAUCAACAAGGUGCGUAUAAACCAUCCUAUGCCUUUUUUUGAAAUGUGCAUUUUAAGAAGUUAUGGUUUAGUGACUUUUGGCUCGACCACUUUUCAGGAGAUGUAGAAAGCCUUAUACACACUCAGUGUUGUUCUUGAAACUUGCAGUACUCGCUCUUUGAAUGCUGUAAGCUGUGUACUGUUACCCACGGAGGUCCUCUUUAGCACUUCCUUGAAAACAGUGGCAUGGUAGAAGAGUAUCUCCAGUAGACUUGCCUCGCUUUCUCUUCUCUGGUGAUUCUACUCAGCUCACAGGGCUUCUUUCUAUGUCCCUUCUCUCCUAGGUAGCAGCAAAUUGCUUUGAGUGUUUUUAAACCACAUGUUUUAUUCAGACAUAGUUGUAUUCUAAAUGACUCGGGGUCAGCUACCUACCCACUUUAAGUUAGACACUAAGAAGAAAUUUCAUCAUUGAUCCUUGGAAGCAGGGUAUCCUGCCAGACUCUCUCUUGAGGUUUGGGUUGGAGCUUUCUGAUUUUUUACAUUAAGUGCUUUAGUUAAUUUGAACACUAGUUUGCUUCAUACAGCCCCAAACACUGUAGUUGACCAGUUUGCCCUUGCUUGGGGGGGGGGGGUCUUCCAUUUUAUGUAGUUAUUUUGAUGUGGAGAUUUUAUCACUUGAUCUUCCUUAGGACUAUAUGGGACUGUUUCCAUGGCAACAUACUGCAUAGAACAAUAUGAAGAUAACAGUUUACUCCAGUUACAACAGUUAACUCUGAAAAAUGUAGACAGUGUUUUCUUUAAAGAGAAUUGACUUUCAAAGCCAAAUGUGCAUGCCAGGGGCAAAAAACAAGUGUAGAUUUAUUACAGAGGGAUUUCUUAAGGUGUAUUAACCAUUCUAUAAAGAAGUAAGACAAAAUCCUUUCUUCUCAGCCAUUGGUUCACCACAUGAACUUCUUUCUAAUGAGGAUAUCUUGUAGGUUGACUACACAUUUGUGGGUCAGUAUCACAUCCUAGCAGACAUUCCCUAUUCACAAAUCUCUUUAGAAUUCUUUUUUCUUGACAAAGAACAGCUGAGGAAAAACAGAAUCCCUGUUUCUCUUCACCUCUGGUAUUGCUUUUCUUUUCUUUUUUUUUUUUUUUUAAGUGAAAUCAGUCUACAAAUAUUUAUUGAAUUUUAUUAUGUGCGUAUAUCUAUACCAGGCUUUGAAAGGCACAUCACAGCCUUGUAUAGCCAAAAAAAGAAAGAAUUUAAAAAUAUAACCAGACAGAGGCCAACAUUCAAAACCCAACUCUGCUUUUCUUUAUGAUACUAAAGCUAUGUAGGAGUUGAGUCCGUCAACAUCAUGUUCCAACAGUCAUCCUCAUCAUCACAGUUUAAACAUUCAGUAAUUCUAUAUGAGCUUGUCUAAGCCCACCCUUCUGAGCAAAGGCUUGAGUAGCCUUGAGUCUCUGUGGUAGAAGACAUUAGGAAUCAUGGCCUAGCUUUUCUGGAGAGCGGGACAAUCCCUACGUGAGUUGCUGACUGGGACUGGAGAUCUCAUCCUGCUCUCUGUAGGUGGGUAUGUCUGGCUACCACCCUUUAAAAUGCCUGUCAGUGGCAACAGCAGGACUGUGCCCUGUUCCCAGUAGCACAUGUGGCAGAACUUUAAGAUGCCACAGUUCUUCCCUCUUCCAACAGCUGUCAUGGCAAUCUGUCCAGUGGUGCCCACCCUUGGAGAGCACUUGGGCAGCUGUAUCCCCACACUGGAGCUCAAGGUCUAUUAUCCUGAGUUGGGUGGACUGUCCUUGUGUCUGGGAGUAGACGUGGGACCAUCAUACGCCUCUGGAACCCCACCCGUGCUCAUGGCUUCCCUGCAGCAGGCUUCUCAAGCAUAUGGCUUAACUAAGGCAGGUGCCAUAGUAACGCUGGGAUCAGCUAAGAGCAGUGAGUGUAUGCCUACCUGCUCUUAGCUUUUGUGUCAAGCACCCUACAUUGGCUCAGUUUGAUGUAGUCAUAAAAUUGUCUAUUCCCUACAGAAACACCAGCAAGAUCACACUGAGGUAUACGAACUUGCAUUUCCCCAGCUUGGGGGCGCCUUUUUUGUAGAGAGUGCCAUACCAAUUGAUUGUAGGGGUUUUACUUUAACCAUGCUUUAUACAAAAGCAGAACAGGGAAGAUUUCUCUGAGUAGAGUACUUUGGUCUUGCUGUCCCUGCCCAGUAAAAUGGGGUUUCUACGUUUAGUAGAAAGACUCAUUCUUAUUGCUCAGCAAGGUUCAUCUAAACUAAGUGGCAUUAUCUGAGACAGAUGUUUUCUAUCUGAUGCCUGGAAGCACAGGAUGUUCAUUCAUUCAUUCAGAGGGCUUUCAAUCCUGGGCCCUUAGUGACAGACCACACUGGCAGGGGGUGGCCACGGAGACAUCCACUAGAGACUGGCUGAUCUUUAGGUUGUCUGAGGUCACUGGGCAGCUGUGUCAUGGAUUUGUGUGGCCCAGUUGGUGGGGCUUCAUAUCCUCACCCAGGGACAGAAAUCACUGUAGAUGAUUAUGGCAGAGAGGGUGUUCACACCUGACAGGAGCAAAGCCUUGGGUUGCAUAGUUCCCUCUAACUCUAUUCCCCUCCUCACUGCAGAACCAGCACUCUCCAGCUCUGGCAUUCUUCUUGAAAGGGACAAAUUAUCUUUUUGGCAUAGUACUUCAUACAACAUAAGUGAGGCCCUGGCCAAUUCCUGAUAGAACAUAAAGCCCACAGGGAGGAUUGUCAGGAUAAAAUGACUUAAAGAUGAAUGUAUCUUUUUCACUGACAUUACAAAAGGUAAAGUUAUUUCAGAAAUUAAUAAAAAUGUCCCCUUGGUAGUCUUUAAAAAUAGGAGAUUGGAAAGAACCAGGGUGGGCUUUUUGUAUAUUCCCCAGAUUCCACUUAUCAAUAAAUAUACCUGUGUACAUAUAUGUAAAUCACAGUGAAAUUAUCAAGGGAAAAACAUUCUGCAUGUAUAAAGCUUCAUGAUGGUCUCCUUAAAAAAUACCAAAGCUUGUUUAUUCCUUAUGAUAAACCCAAUCCUUUACAAAAAUAAACAAAAUGAAGAGAUUAUGACUGGCCAUUGCCCAAAAAAGUUGGAGUAAAGGGAGUGACAUUCAACAUCACUGCUAAUGCUGCUUGCUGGGAGAGCAUGCUCGUUUGGUAUUUAAAUCCCAUGGUCUCCAGUCCUUCUGAUUUAUGUAAUCCCGUCUUCCAUGAUUCCAGGACCCUUCAGCUAGGGGAGCUGUGUGUGCCACGUGCCUGACCUCUCUUCUGUUCUUUGCCCACUUUGCCAUGAGUGUAUUUUAAUCAUGUAAAAUAUGCAUGGAUGAGUCAUGCACAUGUACAUUCUGUAUCUGACAAGUGGUGGUAAAACAAAAACAAAACACAUUUGGUUUGUGUUUUUGAAACAUCAGUACAUUUUGUGCCACUAACACUGUGAUGUAUAAAGAGCUGUCUGAAUGCCUUUACAUGUUGUGUUUUGUACUUCAGAAUCAUAUGGAAAGGUUUGAUUUGUAAUUUCAAUACGUAUUUUAAAUGUAUCUUAUGUAGUUUGUCUCCCCUUUCAAAGGGAUUUCUUUUAAAAUAUAUUUUGGCUGGAAUACAGGUGACUUUUGUAAAUCC